AUGACUGCUAAUCCUUAUGAUGUCAUCAACAAUUCGAACCUUAAAGGUGUGAUAGAGACAAACAUUCCUCUAUUAAACACUUAUGUCUCUUGUUUAUCUAAAGACAUUAGAGAUAACUUGGGAGUAAAACCAUUCAUCAAAUCUCUAUGGAACAAUGAUGAUUCGGUUGUAUUUAAACUAAAAUCAAAGACAAAGAAAAGGAAAGUGUCGAUAGAUGAUGAUGUAGAUAACAUUCUCAAAGCUUUAUGUGAAUAUUUCGUUGAUCGUUCAGCGCGUAUCAAGGGAGUGGAUUUGUCCAACGAUACUUUUUUGAAAAUCUUUGACCUUCCAAUUGCUGCCUUGAACUUAUCACGACUUCAACACUUCAAGUUUGGAAUUCAAUAUAAUUGUGACGCAGUCUCUUCGGCUGCAAAAAUCGCAAAAAAUAUCGAGAGGUUAGAUAUUGAUUUAAGAGAUGCUCCCUUCCCAACGAUGAUUACAAGUUUAAGUGAUAUAGCUAAUAGCUGUCUUCAAGUAUUGGAAUUAUCAGCGAACUCUGAUUUCGAUAGGUUUGAAAAUGUUUGUCUCAAAUUUUGUCCAAACAUUAAGAAAUUUGUAACAACAAAAAUUUCUUCAUAUGAUCACAUUAUUUCUAUGGUAACUGCUUGCAAGCGCCUUGAAGAGAUUUAUAUCUACGAAGAUCGGAAUGAGGAAAUGUUCAGUUGGCAUUUAACUUGCGAUUCAACCGACGCCAAUAAUUCCUGA